AGUCUUUCCACCCUGUAGCAUUUCAUUGUCUUGCCUUUGCAAGAAGAAUGGCUGAGGCUAUCGUCUUUCUUGCCAUUGAAAGAAUCGCAGAUUUACUCAUUCAUGAAGCCCUUUUCUUGAAUGAUGUGAGACAAGAAGUUGAGAGCCUAAAGGCUGAACUAGAGCGGAUGAAGAGCUUCUUGAAAGAUGUAGACCGUAAGCAGGAACAAGAUGAACGUCUUCGCACUCGGGUGAGAGAAAUCAGGGAUCUUGCUUAUGAUGCUGAAGAUGUUAUAGACUCUUAUAUUCUUGAAGUUGCACAUCGAGGAGGCUUCCAUGAGAUCAUCAAGAGGUUUACAACACUUUCCACUCACAAAGUUGGGAAGCAGGUCAGAGCUAUUCAAAACAAGCUUGGGGACAUCUCGAGAACUCUUCCGGCUUAUGGGAUAUCAGGAGGAGGAGGGGGCUCUAAUUCUACUGAUGAGAUGCAGCGCCGGUUAAGAAGAUCGUACCCACAUGUUGAAGAAGAUGAUGUUGUCAGCUUGGAGCUUAGCACAAGGGAUGUUAUCGAUCAAUUAAUGAAGAAAGAGGACAGACUCCAUGUUGUUUCCAUAGUGGGCAUGGGAGGCAUAGGUAAGACCACUCUUGCAAAGAGGCUAUAUAAUCACAAUGAUGUGAAAAGACAUUUUGAUUGUUGUGCUUGGGUUUUCAUAUCCCAACAAUGCUUGCCAAGAGAGGUUUUCCAUGGAGUCUUGAUGAAGGUUCUUUCUCCUUCUCGAAAAGAAAGAAAGCUAAUCGAUAAACUCAAAGAGGAUGAAUUGGUUGAAAAGCUUUAUGAUGUUUUAAAAGAGAAACGAUAUUUGGUGGUUCUCGAUGAUAUAUGGAGUUACAAAGAUUGGGAUAGUCUUAAACCUGCUUUUCCCAAAGGGCAAGAAGGAAGCAAGCUCUUAUUAACAACACGCAAGAAGAAAGUUGCUCUGCUUGUUGAUCCAUGCAGCUCCCCAGUAGAGCUCCCACUUCUUACAGAUGAUGAGAGUUGGAAACUUUUCAAAAGGAAAGCAUUCUCAGAAAAUAAGAUGGAGGCCCAUGCUUGUUCAAAAGAAUUUGAGAUGUUAGGAAAGGAGAUGUUGAAGAAAUGUGGAGGUUUACCUCUAGCAAUUGUUGUAUUGGGAGGCUUACUUGCAACAAAGAAGUCAUGGAAUGAGUGGGAGAUGGUGCAAAAAAACAUCAAUGCAUACUUGAACAAGGACCAGCGACAAGAGUAUGGCGGAGUUACUGAGAUUUUGGCUUUAAGCUACAAUGAGUUGCCCUUUCAUUUAAAACCAUGUUUUUUAUAUCUUGGUCAUUAUCCAGAAGAUUUAGAGAUUUCAAAAAAAGAAUUAGUUAGACUAUGGAUUGCUGAAGGUUUUAUUUCUCCAUCACUGGGAGGAGGAGAAAUGUUGAUGGAGGAUGUAGCUGAACAAUACCUAGAAGAGCUAACAAAUAGAUGUUUGGUUCAAGUUGGUAGAAGGAAUCAUACAGGGGCAAGUGUGAAGACAUGUUAUAUUCAUGAUCUCUUAAGAGAUUUGUGUGUGUCAAAAGCUCGAGAGGAGAAUUUCUUUGGAAUUGUUCAGCCGUCGAUGAAUGGAAACGAGAAUUGUUCUCUCGAUCUAACUGUUGCUGCUGUAUCCAAGAUGCGUAGAAUUGUUGUUCAUCCUAGCAAAAGGUAUGUUUCCUUGAAGGGAGAAUGUCCCAACUUACGUUCUCUUUUACUCUUUCAAGAUGAGGAAUUGAUAAGACUACGCAUAUCAAAAUGCAAUAAUUUUAAAUUCCUAAGGAUCUUGAAACUCUUAAGAGAGGUUGGUUCAUGGAUUAUGCCAAGUGCAAUUGGUUAUCUCUUUCAUUUAAGGUACUUGAGUUUAAAAUGCAGGAAGUUGGUCUUGCCAUGUUCUAUUGGCAAAUUGAAGAAUUUACACACUUUAUCAAUCCAAGUGGAAUUUUUAGUGAAAAUUCCUAAUGUCUUGUCUAAGUUGGAACGCCUGAGGCAUUUUCUACUAAACUACUACCAUGGAUUCAAAAAGUAUGGAUCCCACGAGUGGCAUGAAAUAAAAGGGUUUUGCCAAGUAAACACUUUGGAAAAUAUUGAAACUAUGAAGUACAUAAGGGUUGAGAAUUUGACUAAAAACAAUGCACUGCUCAAGCUGACAAAUAUUCGGAGUUUAGGAAUACAGUUUAUGAGAUCAAAAGAUGUUGAGACUAUCCUAAGAUCCCCUAGCUUUGGAUUAGACCGCCUUCGAUCAUUGCACAUGAGGUUAGAGGAACCAAUUCCAUUUCCAACAUUGGAGCAACUUUCUCAAUGUCACCACCUCUACAAACUAUUCUUACAUGGGAGAAUACAGGAAGACCCACGUUCGAGCCAUCAUGUUUUGAAAUUUCUUCCGACCAACAUCUGCAAGUUAACUUUGUGGGAGUCGCACAUUAAUCAAGACCCAAUGCCUGUACUAGAAAAGCUACCUCAUUUGAGGAUUCUCUGCUUAGGGUCUUCAUCAUAUAGGGGGACUAAAAUGUCUUGCUCUGCUAAUGGGUUUCCUCAACUUGAUUCUCUUCACAUAUAUUCAUUAGAUUUAAAAGAGUGGCAAAUGGAAGUAGGGGCAAUGCCAUGUCUUCGUAGCUUACAUUUGACUUGUGUUCCUCGCAUGAAGAUGUUUCCAGAAGGGUUGAGGUAUAUCACUACUCUUCAGGAAAUGAAAUUAAAAGGGAUGAGGAAAUCACUGGUAAAGAGGAUUCAAGUUAUAGAGGGAAGGGAAGGCGAGGAUUUUUAUAAAGUGCGCCAUAUACUCUCCAUCCGGAUCAUUGACACGUGGAUUCGCUGAACUGAUGAACUUCUAAUUUUGUUGUGGUUUGAAGAAUCGAUGGCUGAAUUUUAUGAGCAAUCAGCACUCAAAUGGCUAUCUUUCCAUGUGAUUUGGGCAUUAAUUUGUUGCAAGACAACGCCACUGUAAUUGUCUUACUGUUAUCUUUAUGAUGUUGUUUUCAUUUA